CCCCUCGAUAAGCAGCCAUGAGGAUUUUUCUCAUUUGAACUUUGGUGUGCGAAACGAGAAGUUGAUUCCAGACAUGGAUUGAGUUUUGUGAAUUAAAAUGAAUUGGUGUGCCGUUAUAUUGUGUUUGUGCUUCGUGGGUGCAGUGUAUGGAUCAGGAAAUUCGUUGAAAGAUCCUUACAUUUGUGGCCCGCCGUCUUGCACACCGCCUGAAAAGUUCAAAUACCUUCCCGAUGUAGUGUACCACUACCAGUAUGUGGUCAAUGUGGAGACCUACUUCAAUGGAUCCAGUAACAAUCGGUCUACAUUGGACGUUAAGGCUGACGUAGGAGUGCAGUUUAUAACACCAUGCGAGGGUCUCCUGCAACUGAGUGACGUCACACUUAUUGACCAGGACGAGAACUACCCCGUUGAGAGGGCAGAGAAGUUCAUACAUGCUGUCUCGCUCUUCGACCUCAGGUUUGCGUUCCACGAUGGCAUCAUAUCGGAGAUAUGUCCCGAGGAGGCGGAAGAAGAAUGGGUGCUCAACUUCAAGCGAGCCGUGCUGGCGCUCCUUCAGAACAGCAUGCAGCGGUUUGAUAUCAACCAUUAUGGAGUUGAGCAAGACAUCCACGGUACAUGUAACGUGGAGUACUCAGUGCGUGGUCAGGAGAACACCAGUCUAAUACUUGUAAAGCGCCGUGACUUGUCUGAAUGCAAUGACCGCUACAAGUACAUGUCUAUCCUGCAGACUGUGAGAUAUCACUUCCAGAGUAAAUUCCAAACAUGGCCGGUACUGAAAUCCGAGAGCAAAUGCCGCAUCACGGUGGACCAUCACAUCUACAAGGAGGUGACGUGUCGCGAGCGUCAUUUGUUCGAACCCUUCUCCGGACGACACUCCGGCGCAAUGACCACCGUUAUACAACACUUGUCUCUGAAAGGGGAACAUAAUAAGACCGACUCUGAAAUUCUUGAUGCGCAGCCUAAGACGUGGUCCGUCAUCCAGAAACGCGCAAAUCUCCUCCAUCACCACUUGCCGUAUGGGAAAGCUGAAACCGGAGAACUGAAGUCUGCCAGAGAUGUCCUCAAACUACUUUGCGUAGCGAAACAGAACACGGAAGACGAAGCGGAGCCAGCGAGCGUGGACCAGAACAUGGACAGCGGGUCCAUCGUGGGGCUGUGGGGCCGCCUGGUGCGGGCCGCGCGGCCGCUGCACCACCCCGCGCUGGCGCAGCUGCUGGCGAGGGCGCCCGCCAUCUGCCCGGGGGCCACCAAACAUCUUCUAGACGCGUUGCCGUAUAUCGCCAGUAUUGGGUCAGUGGAGCUGAUCAAAGACAUGAUCCUGAAGGACUCCGUCGAUAAGGACACCAGGCAUGAGUGGCUCAUGUCUGUCGCUAUGAUACCCAGGCCUAAAAUAGACAUGAUAAAAAGUAUGCUGGAACUUCUACAAAAGCAGAAGAAUGACAAAGUGGUCAGCUUUGCUGUCUCUUCCAUGACCCACUCCUAUUGUAGACACAGUGGCAAAUCUUUACGUGAAUGUUGCGAAGAAGAAACUCCAAUGAAAAUCCUCACGGAAUUCCAGAACAUAGUGAAUGAAAUUGUAAAUAAAGGACUACAUGCUAAAACAGAGAGGGCAGAUAGGACUAAUGUGGUAAUAGCAAUCAAAGCUCUGGGCAACAUCGGUGGGUUCAAACAAGAGUUCGCUGACGUUCUGAUGAACAUAAUCGGCGAUACUUUCGUGCCCAUACCCAUUCGAUUAGCUGCCAUAGACGCAUUCAGGCGGACGCCUUGCACCGAGACGCGGGAGUAUUUCCUAGAAACGUUCAGAGAGGACUAUGUGGACAUAGAAAUUCGUCUCGCGUCGUAUCUUCAAGUGAUGCGGUGUCCCAAUCUGAGCUUUAUACGAAAGAUCUUCCAUGCGCUGCGAAAUGAACGUAUGAAUCAAGCGGCGACAUUCGUAUGGAGUCACCUGAACAACCUCGGGCAGUCUUCCCUCCCAUCUCGCGUGGAGAUCCAGGGCCUUCUCUCUGGCAACACCAUGCCGCAGCUAGAAGACAGCCCCGAUUUCAGGAUGUUCUCCCGAAACUACGAGCAGAGCGUGUUCUUCGAUCAGUAUAACGCAGGUGGUAAUUAUGAAGCGAACGUGAUCUUCUCCCCGGACUCCUACAUCCCUCGGUCCGUGUCACUGAAUCUUACGGUCGACAUGUUUGGAGAAUCCAUCAAUCUCUUUGAGCUAAAAGCCCGCGGCGAAGGCUUCGAGACAUACUUCGAAAGUUUCUUCGGCAACAACGGUCCUCUAAGCAAGAACAAAAUCAACGAUCACAUCAACAACCUACGCUUCUUCCGCUCGCUCAACGACGCCGAUGAAGUACGGAGGAAAACCGAUGAUUUAGGGUACAAAAACGAAGCUCUGAAGCACCGAUUUCCUAUGGCAGAGUUGGGGAUCAAGGUGUUUGGGAAUGAGAUAUCGUUUUGGAGUGCUGAAGGACAUGAUGAGAUCAUGAAGGCGUUAGAGCGGAUGAAUCCGCAGUUGAGGAUUUUGGAGAUACUGUCUGGAAAGGAAAUCUCCUACAACAAAGCGUCUCUCUUCCUCGACACGACGUUCUCCAUUCCAACUGGCUGUGGUCUCCCACUCAACAUGAACUUGAUGGGGACCAGUUACAUCAACACUAAGAUGUCUGGUACUAUGAUUGAUAAGUUCAGAGAGUCACGGAACUUGGACUUUGAAGGGAAAAUCAAGCCGAGCGUGGCAGUGAACAUAGCAGCAACGAUGGCAGUGACUGCCGGCGGUCUCAGCUCCAGCGGUAUCCGGCUCAACACGCGGCUGUACACCGCUACGGGGGUGGAAGCUAAGCUCAGCGUCAGAGGGCUCAAUAUGGUUCGCUUGGACCUCUCGCUUCCUACACACAAACAGGAGAUUUUCGCUGCCAAGUCAGAACUCAUAGUGCUUCACGGCGACCAAGAGUUACAGCAACAGGGGUUGAAUAAGAACCGUAUAGAACAGAAUACGUGCAGUUGGUCCACGUUUGACAAGGCUAUCGGCAUCAAAGUCUGUGCUGCUUAUCAGUUCCCGAACAUGACGAACAUAGCGAACGCGCCAUACUUCUUAAUGAGUGGGCCGGCCAAGUAUAUAGUGUCCUUGGAGAAGGCAGAUCCGUCCGCUAAGACGUACGCCUUCGAGUACAAGUGGGACCGCAACGAAACCACCGAUGUUGUUGGGUUGUCCUUCAAUACACCUAAUAGCAAGGAAAAACGCAUGUUCAACGCGCUACUAAGCGCCUCAAACACGACAACAUCGGCUGUUCUAACAUUCCAAUCCAACGCAAGCACUAUGAAAGCGAAAGCUUUGUAUCGAAACCUGCCUUAUGACAAGUCUUUGGAAGCGAGUUUGGAUGUGGACGGACGGAAACAAUUUGAUACUUCAAUGUCUGUCAAGAGACAUGAUAUUAAGUAUGGCUAUGUCUGGGUGCCUCAUGCGUACUGGGUCGUCAAUGAUGAAAGAGUCGCUGAAUUGUCUGGCACAUUCAAAGUGAAAUCCAAAGGUGGAGUAACCCAAUGGGACAUACAAGCAGAAUUCCAAACCAAGCAACUAGCAAGUCGUCUUGUCGGGUACUAUACCAUAAACGGACCGACUCACGGAACCAAACUCCAACUUGACUACCAGUUCUAUAAGAACCCAAAACAAACUAUCAAGAUGGAAGGGCUGUACAGCGAGAGAGCCAUGGGAUUCCGACAUGAUUUGUAUGGAGAUAUCGCGAUGGAAUUUACAGCGUAUCCAGUCUAUAACUUCUAUGCUGUUUUGAGGAAUGUGCGUACACAAUCCCACGUGGAUAUAGGAUUCAACGUAAGUUCAUCCAAAGAACGCAAGGAGGAUCCGGCGUUCAACUUUGGCUUCUCUAAAGUGGAGAAACUGAACGGCAUCAAAUUGGACACACAUCUCACGCUCAGUCGGCCAAAACUCGUCAAAAUGGAGUUCCAAUUCGAAGAGAUCGGACCAAAAUACACGGCUCUUGCUCGUAUGAACUUCAGCCCUAAAUCCCGAGACAUUCUACUGUCCGGCUUCCUGUUCUACCCUCCUGGCACACAGUUGUAUCUGGACGCUGAACUCAAUAUGACACUGCCGACGUUACACCCUUGUAAUAUUAAGGCGAAGGUGCAUGAGAAGAUGCCUAAUGAAUUCCAGGUGAACGCAGUUGGAGUAUGGUUCACAGGCGUGGACUUUAACAUUGACGCACUAUACCAGGACCAAUCUAAGACCAACAUGGCGUCACAUAGGCUGAAAGUACUCAUCAAUAGCAGCCAUUUUAAAGAUAUAGCCGUUGAUGCGCGGUUCACCCAGGAUAAUAGACAGAUCACCUUUAUUGGACAGGGCGAAUACAACGAUGACAAAUACCGCACUCUGAUUCGCUACAUACUGCUCUCGGAGAAGAACUUUACUGCGUAUUGCGAAGUAGACGUUAGCGGGAAGGCUUACAGCUUCAAUUUGAACGCAGACCUCAACAACAACACGAAUGUCAAUAUGGAUAUACAUUUUGAUCAACUCCGCGAUGUCCACAUAUCGUACCAGCGCUGGCUGACAGCGAAACAGAAGCGACUCAGCGCGGCCCUCAAUUGGGAUGCGAAUCGAGACCCGACGCAGAAAGUGAGCAUCGACGUGCAGUUGGACAACAAGGGCACUUGGCACCACGCGGGCUACGUCACGAUGUACUACCCGGGCCGCGUGCUCACCGGAGAGGUGGAGUUUUUGCUUAGAGAUUGGUUCUGCCAAUGGCACGUGCGCACGAGUUGGUCAAGCGAGUCGAACAUCCUGUGGCGAGUGAAGAUGUACUCGGAGGCUAAAAACGAGACGGUGUACGCUCUCUUGUCCAACAUGAAGACUCCAUUCGUCGGCUGGCAGGAUACCAGCUUUAAUGUCAUGUGGCGCUACCACGACAACUUGCAAGCAAUAAACGGUAGUAUGAACUGGCAGGAGGACUACCUAGCGUUCAGCCUGCUAGCAGAUUACCUGUUCAAGGCGAACGAAUUCUACGGAGAGAUCAGUGCUGUGGUCAACUCUACUAUACCGACGUUGCCGCGCGCUGCCGCCAUUGCUAGGCACAGAGCGCUGUGGAAGAAGCGGGCUGAUACGCUGCUUAGUUUUCAGUACAAUGAAGACGGUAUGCUGAUGAUCAAUUCUUCCUGGACGCUAGACAGAGGACAGAAAGAUAACAACAUUACUGGCUUAGUGACACUCGUCACUCCCUUCCAGGGUUACAGACGAGGUUUCCUAAAAACGGAGUUCGUAUUGGGACACAGAAGAGACAUCAAGGGAGUCACUCUCUUAGACUUGGAGCAAAAAGUCUUGAAGAUUUACGUCAAUGGUCACAUGCGUCGUAUUACCAACUGUAUGUUGGUGGUGAACGUGACGAGUCCAAUGACUGACAUGUCCCAAACAACUGCCAGGUUCGGGUUCAUAGAGGCGGACAGACAUCUAGUCGCCAUGGUCGUCACACCCAACUCCACCACAGGGAUCGAGGUUCUACUGAAGUUAAUGUCGAUGCAAAACUUCCAUGUGUUCGGACAUGUGGCGCUGCCCAUCCAGUACCUGAACCGAGCCAUGGUCACUGCUAAAAGAGGACCUGAAGAGAUGGAGUUCCGAGUAGGCUGGGGCAGCAUGGACCUGGGUUUCACGGGCAUCUGGCAGUGGCGGUCGCCCAUCAACUUCGUGUAUGUGUACAAGCUGUACUCCCCGCUCGACGGCUUCGAAGAAAACGGACUUGUCUUGAAGAACAUAUACGGACCUGGGUUGGACACUGAGCUUUCUGUGCGCUUGUCUAAACAUAAGUUCGGCAUAGCAAUACUUCUAGUAGACAACGGGAAAGGCCUUCUAGACGUUCUGAAGGACCGCUUCAAGCACGGCAGCGGAGGUCACGACGUGUUUAUAGAAGACUUCGACACUACCGCCCAUGUUGUACUAGAUACUCUAUACUAUCCCACUGUUACCUUCCACGCGCACCUUAUGAAGUUCGUUGGGGCAGAGGAAGAAGACAUCGUGGAAUUAAAUGCUACUCUACACCUGCCUGAAAAACCACCCAUUGUUUUAACCGAUGUCUUCAUACUAGAGGAAUACACAGUGAUGCGCAACACACUAUCGCUGAGGACUCCGUUCCAAGCAGUGAGACAACUGGAGUCUGUGUACACUGUGGACAUCGCGUUCGGAGAGAAAUUCAACGUUACCUGCACCGCGCUGCUGUAUAACGGGACUUACUGGCAUGAGAUAUCCUAUAAAGUGUACUACGAGUAUGAAUGCGGCGAGGACGAUGCUUACCAAUCAUAUCUGGCGUCUCUCGGUAUAGUGACGCCGUUGCCAGUGUUACCAGCGUUAGACGCGCGAGUGAGUGCACGGCUUGAAGACGCGCUGUGGAAGAUGGCAGCUGACAUCGCCAUGCCGUCUUUCACCGUCGCUGCCAAAGGAAGACUUGAGUUGGACGACCCGUUCGUGGAGACGUCGGGCAGUCUAAACCUGACGUCGGACUAUCUAGACGAUUACUUCAUCAAAAUGGAGUUCAAGAAAGACUUCUCGGACGCAGAAAACAUGGUCGGUGGAGGCAUACAAGUGCAGCAGGGGGAUGAUAAUAACUACUUAUUCGCAGACGCAGUGUGGCGCCCGCCACCAAACCGCCACAUCAGGUUCAAGUCUCGCGGUGCUCUAGUCCCAGUGCUAUCACCAUCUGAGUUGGCGUUCCUCUAUAGUGACGAAGUGGAAGAGAGGACAUUGACUGUGGACUUCAACAGUGAGAACUACACGUAUUCUCUGAAGGGAAACCAGCGAGAGACGUCACUCAGUGUUGCGCUCAGCACGCCGCAUGAGCGGUUCAGGGCAAUGAAAAUUUUAGGCGAGUUCGAAGGUGACGACAUACGCGGCAGUUUCGUGACAGAUUCCACUGAAUACGGCAUUACGGGAAAAGUGCUCAGUCGGAAACCAUUAGACCUAUCCCUGAUCCUAGUCCCGAAAGGCCAAGGUGAGCAGAUCACAGUCCGUAUGAAGAGCGAGGCGACCCCCACAGUGUACAGUAUAUCCGCACACUUCACCGGUGCUAUACAGGCUACGGUCCACGCUAGAGCGGAGAUGGAAAGCAAUUUCACUGAUAUUUACUUAAAGGCCGACAUCCCGCAGUCGAAACAGAAGGAGGUAUACUUCAAGUCCCGUGUAGAUAUAUAUCCGGAACUACGUCGCGUGGUCAGCGUGCAAGCAGCGACGCCUUUACAGCGCCUGCGGUUCCUUAAGGGAGAUUCCGACUUCAUCUUUGCUCCUAAGACUGGUUACCUCCUCUGCAAGUAUGAGUUACCGCGAAUGAAGGGCGAAGGUGAUCUGAAGUGGAGUUUCUUAAUCGGAGAUCUGUUUAUCAAGGCACUAGGACAUCAAGACGUGCAAACAGUAAAAAGGAGUGUCGACCUGGAUAUCUACUUCGGCAACAGUACUUCUAACGAGGGCCUGUUGAAGACUGACGCCGGGUUCAGAAUGGACCUCGAUCACAUCUGGCAAAUCGGCGCAAACGCCUCCUUCGGCUACAUCUUAGACCAGAAACUGAAUUUGAUAAUAAACGCGAUCCUUCCCAAACCCAACGUGGACGUCCAUACACUACGCAUCGACGGCUCGUUGGGGUCCCAGGACGAUCCCAUCAAGACCCUAGACGCAGAGUAUAAGACCGAUGUUACUAAGAUCGUCACUGGAGUUAAAGGAAAGGUCGUAAUGCUAGAAGACAGUUUCAACACCAACUCAACAAUCACCUGGACAUCAUCCGCUGGCUACAAGAACGUGGAUAACUUGCUGCUAUACCGCUGGGAUGUGAACGGGUCCCAUCACGUGGAUUACACACUUAUUUCGCCACUGCACGUCGACGAUGACACCUUCAAGCUGAAAGGGUCUUAUCAGAAAGAUAUGGUGCACGGGUAUCAUAUUGCCAAGGGAGUAAUGCACCAACCAGGUAAGAGUCAAAUCGGCGAGAUAGAUCUACGCUACGGCGGCGUCAAACACACCGACGGUCACUUCAAUGUUACCACGCCCUUCAAAAGGCUGCCUUGGCUCAAAUCCAUCUUUGACAUAAACAACCUAGAAGAUCACUCGGACAACAAGGUGGACCUAUUCUGGCCGAACAAAUCUGCCUCCAUCAACACCACGCACUCUUACAGAAAACAAAGUGAAGGGUUCACACAAAAUGGCCUUGUCUCCAUCUCUAUACCGCUCAACACGCAGCAUCUGGUGCAGACCAACUAUUACUAUGUACAAGGCAACAAAUGGAGCAACGGCAACGCGACGAUAGACUUUGACCGGGAGCGGUUUGUCAUGGGCAGCUUCAACCAGGUGAUCAACAAGAGCCACAGGAAUCUCGACCUUUCUACCACGGACAUAGAGGUGGAGAACAACAACCUGCCCGUCGGCGUCAAGUACAUACAUGAAUAUGAUGACACUGGUAAUACUGAUGUAAAACAAGCAACGGUAUUCCAUCUCCACAACGCGACUAAAUUCAACGUAACUGGCAAACUGGACGUGUUCACUUACGACAUAGGGAAAAAUUUGAAACUAACUGCCAUACAAGGGAACCGAACUUGGACCUUCGACAAUAAGUACGAAGCGGUGGACAAUGAACUUAAACAGGGUAGUAAGGUCACCUGGGCUGAAGAUGUCUGGAUCAGUUAUGAUAUACAUGUCACUAAUAUGACUACGGCGGAGACAGAAUCCCAGCAACUAGUAAUGAACGUAUGGUACCCGCUGCGCACAUUCAACCUGGUCGCAUUAUACAACCUGCAAGAUACAUUACUGGACGGCAAGGCGAGGUUACACUGGAACGUAAAACAGGAGAAUAAGACGGCAGAGUUGCGAGGGCGCUGGGAGAACCCGCCCUUCGACGAAGGCAACCUGCAUAACGUGGAUCUAGCUUUGUCGCAUCCCUCCUUUAGAAAGGAUGUGACCCUAAAAGGCAAAUACAUUAGUACCCCAGCAGUUAUGUCCAACAUCUCUGUAGAACUGCAGUACUCAGACUAUGAAAACGAAUACCUUAAACUAAAAUCCAUUCUCACGGACAACUCAAACGGACCGAAAAGAGACUACAAAUUUUACCUGAAAUGCACCCAUCCCUCAACCAAUUUAGACUUGGAUAUGAAGUCAGAUAUUAAUAUACACAGCCGGUGGUACUACUUUAAUAACUACUACAGGUUCCAAAAGUCGCUGUUCUACGAGAAAUUGAGACAUAAUAAACUGCUGAUUGAUAUGAAUAGCAGCGCUAUUAAAUGGGAGAAAGCAAACGAGACAUACUACUACCGUGCAAAUGGAACCUGGGACCUCACAUACCCCUCAUACAGGCUACUGAGCUGGGUGGACCGGCCCACCGGCAAUGAUACCGGCGUCGCCACACUCUCUAUGAAGGACAAGUCUUUGAUAGCCCACUACAAUAGUACUGAUGAUAUCUCGUACCACGUGGUGGGCCGCAUCAUUGACACCCGCUCAGCCCGUUUCGACGCGUGGCGUGACUACGAUGACGUCACCACCGUCGACCUCGCCUCCUACAUCCGGCUCAACCACUCGCGCCUCCUCACCAGCUCCAUAGUAUGGCGCCCGCAAAUCUUCAGCCAAGUCAAGGCACAAGCCGUGUACGCCGUCAAACUUCUCUACGGACAAAUAAACGACACCCUAGUCAUACUCAAAGAAGCACCCAUGGAAGCACAUUUGGCUCUAAGAAACAUCUGGACGGACGCCAAACCGAGAAUCAGGGACUUCUUGGAUGAUCUCAACGACUUACACGUUAUAAAAGACGACUUGGAUGACUUCGAACAGUUCCUAAACGAUUCGUACGAUAAAAACGACUUUUAUGUCAAAGAUAUUGUCGAAUUCACUUACUAUGUCUUAGACGAAAUGGCAAUUCGGAACCAUUUGGAGAGUUUGCCAGGAAUAGUGAACGAUAUGUGGGGAAUGAUGGGCAAUACGAGCAAAUCCAUAAAAGAUAGCUUAACAUACGUCAUUGAUUCGAUCAAAAUGGCAUACGCGAAUUUCUUAGAAUCGAUGAACAAAAUGCUGGAAGCUGACUUCAUGGAAUUAGUAUCUGAUAAACUUGAAACAAUGAUAAUGCAGUAUGAUAACUUUGUGAGGGAUUUGCAUAUGAAAUUGCUUGAAUAUUGGGAGGAAACUUGGGUGAAUGCUACAACUAGGAUGUCUAAAUACUGGCACGAGUUGCUGAAGUCUAUAGAACCGUUAUUCUUUAAGAUAUUGCACUACACUGAGUCGUUUGUCGUUGCUGUAUGGAAGGGAGUUAUGGAUUUCUUCUACAAUCGCACGCAAGAACUCACUGUCUCGCCAUACUUCAACUAUGUGUCGACAUUCGGACAGGAAAUGGACAGGAUAUACAAAGACCUGGUCCACAACGACGUCAUAACUAACAUCAAAAAGUACAGCCGCAAGCUGUGGAACGUGGUGUGGAGCAAGGUUGAGAAGUACAUUCCGUUCAAGGACGAGAUUAUGCAGUUGUACGCAGAGUUCAAGAACGCCUGGCAGACUUUCCUGAAGACUGAUCAAGUUGUCUACGUGAGAGAGAAGUGCUUGGAAGCAUACACUCGACUCAAGUGGUGGUACGAUUACUUCUUGAUCGGUGAAGCAUUAGAAGAAGUCAGCGAGAUUCUGUAUGCGAAACUCACAGACUUAGCGAAAACCGCACUCCAAUAUGAAGAAUUGCAUCGCACACCAAAGACCAACUUCAUCUUCGACCCGCGUCAAGGCGAGAUCCUUCUCGAGCAGAAGUUGCCAAUGUCCUGGCACGCUUUCAACCGGACGCCGGACUUCACCGAGAUCUCCGAGUACCGCGCCGUGCGGGACUUCCUCGACCAGUGGCUCACCACCAACAAGAGCAUCUGGUCCUACUACUACGAGAUCCGACCCUACAUGGACAUGAACAACGUUCUACCACCAUUCGCUGGAAUGGCAAUGAUGACGGGUCAAGGCACAUUGGUAACGUUUGACAAGCGAGUGAUCACGAUAUCUGAAGCGGGCACGUUCCUUCUCUCGCGCGACUACAGGCAGAACAACUUCACAGUGCUGAUGGAAAGCAACGACCAGGGACGGUACAACUUGCUCGUCUUGACUGCCAAGCAUCUUGUGCACAUUGAUCUGUAUAGUGAGCAAGUAUCAAUCGGCUCCUCAUCUCUCAGCCUGCCAGCGAUCGUGGACGACUUUAUCCUGGAUAGACAAACAGACACACUCACAGUGCAGGGCAACAACGGUUUGGACAUACAGUGCAACCUGCUGUUCCGCACCUGUAGGCUGCAGGUCUCAGGCUGGUACUACGCAAGUCUGGGCGGUCUGCUCGGCACAUACAACAACGAGCAAUACGACGACCUCCAACUACCUAACAGUUCCUACACGACCUCCAUUGCAGAGUUAGAACAUGGGUGGAACAUAGAGCCUACUGACAAGCCUCCGAUAGACAACCAUGAACUCAAGAACGAUACUCAGUGUGACAAGUUCUUCCAGAAUAAAGUGUCGCCACUGCAUCCGUGCUUCUCUGUUAUCGACGCGCAGCCGUUCUUCGCGGAGUGCCAGUCCGGCGUGGAGGCGUGCGCGCUGGCUAGUGCGUACCUCGAGCUGUGUAACAUGCAGCAUGUUCCUGUGCACAUCCCCGACCAUUGCGUGCAAUGCGUGACUCCACAAGGCGACAUCAUAGAGGAAGGCUCAUUCUACACGCUCCAGUACGUGCCCAACUCUACCGACGUGGUGUUCCUGGUUGAGGCGCAGUACUGCAACAAGAACAUCAGGAAGAACAGGAAUAUUGACCUGUUCGUCGAGGCUUUCGACACCAAGCUGCAAGGGAACGGGCUCUCAGAUAACAGAUACGCGGUGGUUGGCUUCGGCGGUCGCGGCGUCUUUAAGAAGCCUCGAGCGCUGUACGUCAACAACAGGGUGUUCACUAACGCCAUCGAGAUCUCCCAGCACUUCGACAGCUUGUAUAUCGAGAAGAAGGACCAGUCCCGCGGCAACCGCACGGCGAAGGCGGACAUGUUCUCGGCGCUGAGCUUCGCCACCCGCCUGCCGUACCGCGCCGGCGUGCCGCGCACCCUCGUCAUGCUGCCCUGCACGCGCUGCGACAGCACCUUCAUGACGCUGGACUACUCGACGAUCCACCAUAACCUAAUGGAGAAUUCUGUGACGCUGCACAUCCUGAUGGACGACGAUUUCACGCUCGCCAAAAAACGAGCCGCCAAGUACCUCUUUGGUAUCGACAGCACGCUAGCGUACACGAAUAAGGACUACGAGCGUCUGGUGGGCGACGCGGCGCUGCGUAAGCAGGUCAAACUGCCCAAGGAGAAGCUCAGCGUGUGCACGUCUCUCGCGCUCGAGACCAACGGCACCAUCUUCGCGGGCUCCAAGCUGCAGGGCGAGCGGUCGGUGGCGCGGCGGUUCGCCACCGUGGUGGGCGCGCGGGCCGCGCUCACGGCGCAUGCGUGCGGCGCCGCGCCGCGCUGCGAGUGUCGCGACGGCCGGCUGCACUGCCGGCCCUGCCAGGACACGCUGCGGAUGUUGGAGCUGUCAUUCUGGAACACAGAAGACAUAGAAGAGUUGAUCGACAUAGCGAUGGACCCGCCAACGCUGCCUUCCUUCAGAUGAUUAGUAUAAAUUCACCUAGUUGAUGAGCAAUGUAUAGCAUAGCAUGACAAUUAUGUACAUAACGUAGUGUAGAAUUGUUGACGUACUUUUAUAAUCCACUACUUAUAGAAAUUAUAAGUAAUAAAUUAUUUUUAUAGCCA